CACAAACAAAAAUAGUGUAGCUCAAAACCAAGCCUCGAGGCACCUCCAUGAAUUCCAAUUUCCAUCCACCGCAUGAAGGGCAAAGAAGUAAUCUCAUACCUCCAAAUACCCUUUUUAAACUUUCUCUCUUCUUAACCUCCUUUUCCCAAUUCUCUCUCCUAAAAUAACUUAAAUCCAAUCAAAAUUAAAACCCCUAAAAACCUCUUCAGUCUUCCCAAAAUUCAUCAUCCCACAAUUUAUUUUCAAAUACAAAUGGCUAAAAUUCAAAUUCAAAUUCAAGUCUCCAUACUUACAAUCUUCAUCCUCUGUUUUUCACUUUCUCCCUCCAUUUCAUCCUCCAUUACAGUCCAUGAACUUCUAAAGAAGAAGGGUCUUCCUGCAGGUCUUCUUCCUAAAGAAGUAAAAUCAUAUGAAUUCAAUGAUGAAAAUGGUCUUUUAGAGGUUUUUCUUGAUGGUCCAUGUUUAACAAAAUUCGAAAACAGGGUAUUAUUUGAGAGUGUUGUAAGGGCUAAUCUUACUUAUGGAGAACUUAUGGGUGUUGAAGGAUUAACACAGGAAGAAUUAUUCAUAUGGUUACCUGUUAAAGAAAUCACUGUUUUUGAUCCUAAAUCUGGAAUUAUUUUGUUUGAUAUUGGUAUGGCUCAGAAACAGCUUUCUUUGUCGCUUUUUGAAGAUCCUCCUAGUUGCAAACAACAAGAUGAAUUGAUAAAGUAUAGUGGAAGGAAGGACAAAGGAUUUGGAGCAGAAAGAUGAAGAACUGAUGGAUUCUCAACCAUCUGAUCUCUUCCCACUGUGAUUAAUAUGAUGAUGAAUUGAUAAUAUUUUGUGGUUAUAUUAUGAUCAAAAAUGAUUGUAAAAACUCAAAAAACAGUGUGGAUGGGGUUUGUUAGAUAAAUUUGUAUAGAUCUGAAAUUUUGGCAUCAAAUUUUGAAUGUUUGAGAUUCCUUUUUUUAACAAAUAGAUUUUUGUUAUCCAUUUCUUUUUUGUCAUACUCAUAGCAAAGUUUUCACACCAAAGCUAAGAGUCCGAGAGAGAUAGCCGAUAAGAGAGAUAGCGUAUAAAUUAUACGUAUAUUCUUCAAGGAGAGGGCAAUGGAAAAUAAAUUAUAGUUA